AUGACUGAACAGACACCUAAAGUACUCAAGCUUAAGACCUUGUCCCCACCUUCGUUUCAACUGAUGCCUUUCUGGCCCGACAACAUCGAAGCCUGGUUUUGCUACGCAGAAGCCGACUUUUCCGAGCACGGCGUGAUCGACACACGUGCACAAUUCCUCGCAGUAGUCAAGGCACUACCGCGCGAAUUCAACAGGUACGUAACACCUAGUAUGUUUACUAGUGAUGUUUCCGAUCCUUACGAAAUCUUAAAACGCUCGAUUCUUAAACGAGGAGACCUAACCGAUCGACAAAGGUUAGAUCAACUCUUCAACAAUAUCGACCUGCAACACGGUUCUGCGACGGACAUGUUGCAACGGAUGAGAGAGGUUAUAGGCCCAAGAACUUUCGACGAAGGUCUAUUCAAACAACUCUUCUUGUCAAAACUUCCCCAACAGGUGCAAGCAGUUCUGGUCUCGUUCCAGAACAACGCCUUAGACGAACUAGCUGUAUCUGCCGACCGCAUUCUAGAAAUUACGAAACCUUCUACUACCGAGGUAUUUUCAGUCAAAGAAAAGCCUCACACGACUCAGAAUGACAUAACCGACUUAUGUCACACACUCACGCGUUAUCUUAGUCUUCGUACCGACCGUAAGAGAUCGCGCACACCACGUAGAAGCAUUUCUCGUAAGCGAUCUGUCUCUAGACCACGAGAGACAGAUAACCCCGACUGGUGCUGGUAUCAUAACCAGUAUGGAAAGUUUUCCAGAAAUUGCAGAAAACCCUGCAAUUUUCCCAACACGAAACCGACUGAUUCGAAAAACAAUUCGGGAAACUUCCAAGCCGGCACGCGUUAA